CGGGGUAUUUUUCCCCCAAAACAAGACACGCGUUGGGCAGGCGCUGCCUCCCAGCGCAAGGGAGGGGAUGGGGCUGGAGCACCCCUAGUUUUGGGCUAAAAUCCCCCAUUUUGGAGGGGAAAAUCCUCCCUUUUUAGAGAAAUCUCUCCCUUUUUGGGAAGAAUUUCCCCUUUUUUCCCCCAAAACCCCCCAAAAUCGGCAAAACUUCCCUUCAUUUUCGGAAAAAAAACCCCUUCUUGCAAAACAAGCACCCCUUUUUUUGAAGAAAACCUCACUUUUUCUACAAAAUUCCCUUUUUCAGGGGGGAAAAAUCCUCUUUUUUCACAGGAAUCCCUCUUUUUUCAUCCACAGAAACCCCCCUUUUUAACCCAAAUCCCUGUUUUUCCCACCAAAAUCCCUCCUUUCCCGCCAACACCAACCCUUCUCCCACCCCCACCCCCCAACCCCAGCCAAUUUCCUGCGUUUUUCCGGCUUUUUGAGCGUUUUCCCUUCCUUUUUGGGGGGCGUAAAAUAGGGGGGAAAUGAUCAAAAUGAGGGAAAUCACCCCAAAAUGGCUUAUUUUUUUUUAAAGGCCGAUCCCGGAGGCGAUGGAGGGAACGCGCCAGGAGGGGCCGGAGGUGCGAGGCCGCGCGAGCAAACGCCGCCGGCGGCCGCCGGGCCGGAUCCUGGUGGCCGCCGUCGCCGCCGCCGCCGCCGGGUUCGUCGCCGGUGCCGCCGCCGUCGUGUUGGCGGGCGGGGAUUUUGGCGCAGGUGCGGGCGGCUGCUGCUGCCCCCGGGGCUGGCUGGGCUUCGGGGGCCGCUGUUACCUCUUCUCGGAGGAGGAGGGCAACUGGAGCCGGGGUCUGGGGAGCUGCCGCGCUCUGGGGGGGUCCCUCACCUCCCUCGACACCCCAGAAGAGAAGGGGCUGCUGGCGCGUCACAAGGGUCUCCCCCACCAUUGGGUCGGGCUCCGGAGGGACCUGCAGCAAGGGUGGCACUGGGCCAACGGCUCCCGCUCCCAGCCCUGGUUCGCGGUGCGCGGCGCGGCCGACUGCGCCUACCUCGGGGACGGCGACGUGCAGACGGCCAGCUGCGCCUCCGAGAAGCACUGGAUCUGCGCCCGCCCGCCCGCCUGAGCACCCGUGGGUGCCCCCCACCCCCACCCAUGGGUGCCCCUCACACACACCCCCCCUCCCCCAAAUAAAGGCGUUAGAGCAGGAGGGCGUCGCGGCGGCAGAGCCAGCGCAGCUCGGCCCCGCAGCUCUCCAGCGCCGAGUGACCCCGUCGGAGCACCCCGCAAUCCCGGCCCUGGCCCCCGCGCU